AUGAGUCAAUUUCAUAAAGAUGAUAGAGAUUUAGUGAGAAGAAUUUACAUUCAAAGAAAGCCUUGUCAGCCCAAAGACUUUACAUUUCCUCAAACUUCUAUUUUUGGCAAAAAUCGUCGCUUUUGUGCUAAGUGGUUUGAUACUUGGACUUGGCUUGAGUAUAGUGUGGAAAAGGAUGUUGCCUAUUGUUUCCCUUGUUAUCUAUUCAAGGAUGAAAAUGCCUUUGGAGGUGAUGCUUUUGUUAGUGAUGGUUUCAAAUCAUGGAAUCGAUCGGAUUUAAUAAGAAAACAUGUCGGUAAACACUUGAGUGCACAUAAUAAUGCUGUUUUAGCUAUGGAUUUGUUCAAGAAACAAAAUUCAAGCAUCACACAAGCCUUAACAAAACAAACCGCUGAGAGUACAAAUGCAUAUAGGACGCGACUUGAAGCUUCAAUUGAAUCUAUCCAAUGGCUUUUACUCCAAGGGUUGCCUUUCCGUGGUCAUGAUGAAAAAGAAAGUUCCUUAAGAAGAGGUAACUUUCUUUCACUUUUAUCCCUUAUUUCCAAAGGUAAUCCUGAAUAUUCUAAAGUUGUUUUCAAAAAUGCUCCUAGUAAUUGUCAACUUACUUCUCCUAAAGUCCAAAAAGAUAUCAUAAAUGCAUGUGCAAAAGAGACCACUAAAGCAAUGCUUGAAGAUAUUGAUGGUGGUUUAUUUUCUAUCCUUGCUGAUGAGUCCGCUGAUGUUUCUGACAAGGAACAAUUGGCUCUUUGUUUGAGAUAUGUUAAUAGAAAGGGAGAAGUGUGUGAGCGUUUACUUGGUAUUGUGCAUGUUGUAAACACUGCUUCUUUGACUCUCAAAACUGCUAUUGAAUCCUUAUUAAUGGAGCAUUCUUUGUCUUUCUCUCAAGUACGGGGUCAGGGUUAUGAUGGGGCAAGUAAUAUGCAAGGUUCUAUUAAUGGCCUUAGGACUCUUAUAGAGAAUGAGUGUAAAGAAGCUUAUUUUGUCCACUGCUUUGCUCACCAACUUCAAUUAACUCAAGUUGCACUUGCUAAAAAGAAUUCAGAUUGUGCUUGGUUAUUUGUUGAUGUACUUGCACCUCUCUUGAAUUUUGUGGGGGGUUCACCAAAAAGGAAAGAGUUUCUUCGUGAAAAUCAAGCUCAAAGAGUGGUGGAUGCAUUGUCUCUAGGUGAACUUGAAACGGGUUCAGGUUUAAAUCAAGAACGUGGAUUAGGUAGACCUUGUGAUACUCGUUGGGGAUCUCACUUCAAGACAAUCUUGAAUGUACUUGAUUUAUUCCCUGUAAUCCUUGGUUCUCUUGAGGAUAUUGCAAAAGUAUCUGAUACAAUAGAUUCUAAUAGAGCUCAAACACUUACAAAUCUUCUAAUGUCCUUUGAUUUUGUGUUCGUGGCACACUUGAUGGUUAGUAUAUUUGCGAUAACAAAUGCUUUGAAUGUGGCCUUACAAAAGCACGAUCAAGACAUUGUGAAUGCAAUGGCCAUGGUUAAUGUAACCAAGACUAAUUUGCAAAAAAUGAGAGAUGAAGGAUGGGAUUCUCAUAUGGAAAAGGUAAUUUCUUUUAUUGGUGACUAUGACAUUGCAGUUCCAGAUAUGGAGGCUAAAUAUGUUGUUCCCGGGAGGAGGUUGUUUAGAGGUAAAUGCCCACAAGUGUCUAAUCUACAUCAUUUUCGAGUUGAAGUUUUUUUUGGUGUCAUUGAUCUUCAAUUGCAAGAACUUGAAAAUCGAUUUCCCGAAAUAACUAAAGAACUACUUGUGUGUAUGUCUUGUUUGAGUCCUGUGGAUCGUUUUUCUAAGUUUGAUAAGGAAAAAUUGAUUAAGCUUGCAAAAUUCUAUCCUAAUGAAUUUCCAAGUUCAGAAUUGAUAGUCUUUGGUCAUACACUUGAUAGUUACAUUUGUUCUGUUACAGGAGAUGAAAGGUUUUGGAAUUUGAAGGGUCUUAGUGAUCUUUCAAUCAAAUUGGUUGAAACGGGAUUGUCUGAAACUCAUGAUAGGGUCUAUUUACUUUUGAAGUUGGUGUUGCUUCUUCCUGUCGCAACGACAAGUGUGGAAAGAGUAUUUUCUGGCAUGAAGCAAGUGAAAGACAAACUACGAAAUAGCAUGGGAGAUCAAAUGUUGAAUGAUUGUUUAAUUACUUAUUUGGAGAAUGAUUUGUUUUUGAAUGUUAGCAUGGAAGAUAUCAUGAAUCGAUAUCAAAACAUGAAAACUCGUCGAGAACUAUUUUAAUAAGUUUGCAUUACUAUUUAGUUGUCUUUUGUAGUAUUAUAUGAACAUUUGGUUGUAUUUUGUACUGUUUGAAUAUUUGGAUGUAUUUUUUAGUACUA